CCCUUCAAAGCAAAUCGCGUCUAAACCCACCCUCCUCGAAAUACGCAACAUUCCCCCCCGCCAUACACGCCAUACACAACAACAACAACAAAAGGGCAAGGUGUCCACCCGAUUGCUUGAACUAGCAGGAAAACAUCAUCUGCCCCCCCGAACGCGUUGGUUGUUGAGGCGCGCGCGUAUCUUUGGUUUUCUUUUUGAACUUUUGCUGGGCCUCUCUGUUGGUUUUAUUUCUUGCUUGCCUCUCCGCUUUUUUUUUUUUUUAUUUUGCCCUCGGCUUUUGUGGGCCGUUUGACCUGUGACAAAAAAGGGUCCCGUUUUUUCAACAUUUGUUCGUCAUCACCGAUUUUUUUCGCCUCCGGUCAACUCUUCCCCCUGCGCGCAAACCACAACUUUAGAGCGAUAUCACUCUAGGUUUUCCUUUUGGCGCCUCCCAAUAUCCCUCCCACCAAGGCAAAAAUAACUGUGCAUACGACCCGUUUCCCCCCCAAUACGAAAUACAAAGGAAAUCACACGCGCUACAAAAGGUCGUUUUAUUCGCCUCCCAACACACACGACAACCGAUUUGUUUACCCUUGCAUCAACGAUUUGUUGAAUAAAGCGAUACCCACAACGCCCUUUUUUGUGUGUUGAACAUUCGAGAAAGAAGAGCUCGUGUCAAAACCUUUUCCGCUGAUAUCGGUCCUUUGUGUUGCCAGCGAUAUAGUAGAUAUUCUCUCUCUCUCAUUAUAUAUUCUACGCGCGCCAACGACAGAAGAAAACAAAAACGACGUGCAUACCACACGAACAGAAUUGCUCGAAAUCAAAUAUCGAAUUCAAAACGAGAACAAAUACAAAAAAGAGAAAGGGGUUUCAGUGUUGUCAUCAACUGUGUCUUUAACGGUUCAAGUCUUGUUCAUGUCGUAUCGAUUCUGACUCGACCGAUAUCAUCUACGGGCCCGUUUUCCAACUACGGGAGGCGCGACCAACACGGACACAUCACAAGAAGAAGAGUGUUUUUUUUUAUUAUUAUUUCCUUGCAAACGAGGACGUACAUUAGAACAAAAGAAACAACCACAGGGCAAACCACUUGCUUUUUCCACGCAUCGCUUGCACAGCGUUUCUCGCGUUCACUCUAGAACAGAAAAGAAUCCGACACCAUGCCUACCUCUACUACAUCCCUCCUUCACACAACCCUCCCAACAACGCACCUCACCCUCACCUCCAUCAUCGGUUCCGGCUCCUUUGCAACCGUCUACGCCGCAACCGACCUCCUAACAUCACACCCCUACGCCGUCAAAGCCCUCGAUAAAACCGGUUUAACACCGGACCAACUCGAGAACCAGAAAAAGGAAGUGAAAUUAACGCAACGUGUUCAAGGACAUCCCAACAUUGUCCGUUUGGAACGGGUUGUUGAGACUUCUCGAUGGUUGUUUUUGGUUUUGGAGUGGUGUGAGAUGGAUCUUUAUGAUGCCAUUACACAAACCUCUGGAUUCCCUCCCUCGAUUGUCAAACAAGUCUUUUCUCAACUCUGUUCCGCCCUUGCUCACUGCCACACCCUCGGCAUCUCCCACCGAGACAUCAAACCCGAAAACGCCCUCAUUUCUUCCUCAUAUACCGUCAAACUCGCCGACUUUGGACUCGCGACAUGUUGUCCGUGGUCUAAAGAAAUGGGAUGCGGGAGUGUACGAUACAUGGCGCCUGAAUGUAUUGAUUCGCCUUGUACCCGAUCGGUUGGGUACGACCCUUUUUGUACCGAUGUGUGGAGUUUGGGGAUUAUUCUUGUCAAUUUGUUGUUUGGCAAGAAUCCUUGGCAUGAAGCUACGGCUUCUGAUCCCAUUUACGCUGCAUACCGAGGCUCCAACCCCGAUAUCCUUAUCGAACAAUUUGGCAUCACAAUGGAAUUUAACACGGUUCUGGCCCGUGUAUUUGAUCCAAACCCCCUUUCCCGUCCCUCAGUCUCUGAACUCGCUCUCCUAAUCGACUCUCUAGACCGAUUCAUUAUGGAUGACCCCGAAUCUUGUUCCACUGAUUCCCCCGUCACAUCCUUUUGGGCCGACUCCCUCUUUGACCCUCCCUACGAUGCACCCCCCACACCUCAACUCGUAUCCACAUCUUAUACCAAACUCUGUGACUCUGGGUUUGAUGAUGGGGCUGGGUUAUUGGAACAACAUGCCCGUGGACGGAGUGAUUGGAUUUUUACGUUACCCGUCUUUCCGCCCCCCGAGGGUCCGAAACGACCUGACAAGGAUGAUGAGGAUGAGGAUGAAGGGUUUUCGUUCGUCAAGAGUGCUGUUGAGGUCCUGAGGGUUUUUGUUGGAGAGUAGGUUUUUCUUGUUUGUGGAGAGGUUUUAUUUGGGACUAGUUUGUAGGGAAAAACUAGCUUUGUAGAUGACACAACACACCUUUUUUUUUUUUUUGUUUUGCGGUUGCUUGGGUUUGUAUAUAUUGUUGGAUUUCUUUUUGUUUUUUUGUAUAUCCGACUCCCUUAUUGAGGGGGGGUUCAUUUGUUGGGACAGUUUUAUGUGUGAGUUGGAUUCAUGAGCAGAUUUGAGAAAAAACUCUUUUGUAGAGAUUUUUUGUUUGACAUGGUUGUUUGUUUUGCGUGUGAAUAUAGUUUUCUGGUGCAUCUCAGUUUUUGAUUCUUUUGUGAGCAUUGUAUCGUUUAUUUGCAUACUUUUAGCAUUGUUGAUCCGACUGGAAACUUGACAUGUGAAUAUACUUUUUUUUUUUUUGGUUUGCUAUUCGUG